UUCGCUUGUUUAACGUUUCGCUUUUCUCUCUCUAAUCCACGAUAGCGAGAAUACCAAGUGUAGUUACAAUUUUUGCCCAUCUUUUAGUUUUCUCUCUCUUUUCUAUCGCUCUCCAGUGUCAACUUAUUGCAUCAAAAAGGGGAAUUCAGUUAUUUGGAGAAAUCAGAUUUCAGACUCCCCAUACAAAAUGCCUGAACUUACAGAAGUUGAGAAACCUUCUUCAGUUGAAGCAAAACCAGAAAAACCUGAACAAAGCCCAGAGUCUUCCACAGAUAGUGAUUCUGAUGAAGAAAUUCCGGAAUUAGAAGAUGCAGGAACUGCAAGUGCUAAUGCCACAGGAUUCCCAGGAGCGCCUGCAACAGGUCUGCCAGUGGAUGUAGUAUCAAAAGCCAAACAGUCAAGAGGGGAAAAGAAAGCGAGAAAAAUCAUGUCAAAACUGGGACUAAAGCCUGUUUCAGGAGUCAAUAGGGUAACCAUUCGGAAAUCGAAGAAUAUCUUAUUUGUCAUAAACAAGCCAGAUGUUUACAAAAAUCCUGUCAGUGACACUUAUAUUGUUUUUGGAGAAGCUAAAAUUGAAGAUCUAUCUCAACAAGCCCAGGUGGCCGCUGCAGAAAAGUUUAAGGAGGUUAAUCCAGCCGGAGAUGGCGCUGCUGGCAGCACCACCACUUCAGUCGCCCCCAUAGCAGAAGAAUCUGACGAAGACGAAGAAGUAGAUGAAACGGGUGUUGAAGAUAAGGACGUGGAGUUGGUGAUGUCUCAGGCGAACGUUAGUCGACCGAAGGCAGUUAAAGCACUGAAAAAUAAUCAAAAUGAUAUCGUGAACGCCAUUAUGGAGCUCACGAUGUAACAUUGACUACACCGCAUUUUUGAUUAUUAUUCUUAAUAAUUAUAUUACAAUUCUGUACUGCUUUUUUCUCUUCAGUUUUAGUUUUUAGUGUAAAUAAACGAUGAUGCUUUGGA